AAGCAGCCACUUUCUUGUCUGACCACCAUGCUUAUAUUCUCCGUAUUCAAAACGCUCACCGACCAGCGAGUCACCGUCGAGCUCAAGAAUGAUCUUUGCAUCACAGGUGUCUUGAAAUCCGUUGAUCAGUUCUUGAACAUCCGUUUGGACGCGAUCAAGGUCUUGGAUGAGGCUAGGCAUCCACACAUGAUGGCCAUCAAGAACUGCUUUAUUCGGGGAUCUGUCGUCAGAUACGUCCAACUUCCCGCUGAACACGUUGAUACACAAUUAUUGGAAGAUGCUACACGAAGAGAAGCCGCAAAUCAAGCCAAGCGUUGAUGAGACUGGUUGUUUUCUGAUUUCAGGUUAUUACUGCGAGUUAAAAUGUGAAACAGGCACUGGCUGGCAUUGCUAGUGUUAUGUUAUGCUCCUUCAAGCUUCAAGACCCAUAAACGUGCACUAGUAUUCAUGUAGGAUAGCGUCUACUCGAAUUAAUGUCAUAUCUGUACAGUAUACUGCUCGCCCAGUUGUGAUUAUCCCAUCAAAUAAACUUUCAAACACACGGAAAUUGACCUUUUUUCCACAAUUAUUCACUUUUGCAAUCGGUGUCGGCACCGACACCUGUUCAAAAUUUAUCAAACACGCGAUUGGGUACUCUCGGGUUCAAGCCGGAAUUCCUCGACGUAGUGGACCGAACUGGCAACAACCAAGGGCGUGUACUGUAAGAGGUCAGAUAGAGCACUACUCCCAGCGUCGAUGCGACAAUUGCGAAACACAACUU